UUUAUUUAUUGUCCUCUCAGGUCAUUCACAGACCUCAAACGGGACCACUGCCUUUUCUCAAAGUCAACACCUUCUUUUCCCAAUGAGUUCCUGGUGUUUUAUGAUUACACCAAUAAGGAAGUGGAGAUCCAUUUGAAGGAACAGAAGGCUGAAUAUAGGUUCCUGGACUACAAACCCAACCAGUGGCACUCCCUCUGCACCACCUGGGACAUGGGUUCUGGACUGGUGCAGGUCUGGUUCAACGGAAUGCCCCUCGCCAGAAAAUUUGUCAAGCAAGCAAACAUGACCGGAGAGCCCAUCAUCAUUUUAGGACAGGAGCAGGAUUCCCAUGGAGGAGGCUUUGACAUUAACCAGAGUUUUGUGGGGAUGAUGACUGAUGUGCACAUGUGGGACUACGUGCUCUCGUCCUGUGAGAUCCAGAAGUAUAUGGCCGAGCUCAGCUUCACUCCAGGGAACGUUCUCAACUGGGCAGCUCUGGACUUCCAGAUCAAUGGACGAGUGCUGAUCGAGAAUAAGCAGAUGUACUGUCAGUAAACUGUGCGUGGAUUUCAGAGCGAUGAAGAUCUUGCACUGUUGCCAUGGAAAUAAUAAUCCAAAACUGUUAUGUAUUUUGAUUAUGAGCAAAAGUUCUCAAAAUAUAAUCUGUAAAGUGAAAGUUGAAGCCAAUAAAGUUAGAGAGUUGGG